AUGACCCCAAUGUCCUCCCUCCUCUACUUCCUCUUCCUUCUCCUCCUCACGCCACCGCCGGUCGCCGGCAAGUCCAUCAUCGAGCCCUGCAGCAGCUCGGACGCCUGCAACGCCCUCGUCGGCUACUCUCUUUACGCUGAUCUCAAGGUCUCCGAAGUCGCCGCCCUCUUCCAGGUCGAUCCACUUUCUCUCCUCGCCGCCAACGCAGGCGAUCUCUCCGCUCCCGGCGCGGCGGACUUCAUCCUCCCAGCUGGAACCCUCCUCCGCGUCCCCGUCGUCUGCGCCUGCUCCGGCGGCAUCCGCAGGUCCGUCUCCGUCCACUACCUCACUCGCCCCGCCGAUACCAUCGCCGCCGUUGCCGGUGAGGUCUACGGUGGCCUCGUGUCCGGCGACCAGAUCCGCGAGGCCAACGGUAUCUCCGGCGGCGGCGAGGUCGACGCCGGCUGGAACCUCGCCGUCCCCCUCCCCUGCACCUGCUUCAACAACUCCGACGACCUUCUGCCGGCAAUCUACCUCUCCUACGUCGUCAGGGCCGGCGACACGGCGGCGCAGAUCGCCGCCGCUCACUCCACCACCGUCACGGACAUCCUGAAUGCCAAUGCCAUGGGCAGCCCCUCCGUCAACCCAGGCGACAUCCUCGCCAUCCCAUUGCCCGGUCAGAAUCGCUCUUCCCAUUCUUGCUCGACAUCUUGCAGAGUUGAUGAAAUCUGGGAAAUCUAAGAGAGAACGAGCCUAUAAUCUGAAUGCUCCCUGUUCUUCCAGAAUUUUACACAUUUUUUUCUCACUCUUAAUUUAGAAUCACAAAUGGAAAAAAACUCUUUGUUCUUCACGUAGACGAUUUAAUCUCAUGAUUGUUGUUCGUAACUCACCGUGUAUCCAUGAUUAAUGAGCGAGAAAGGUUCUCCCCCAUCAUCCCCAGUCAUCGCAGGGUUUUGCUUCUCUCUCUCUCUCUCCCUCUCUCCUCUCUCUCUAGAAGCACAGAGGAGGGAGAAUGAUGUCUGGUUACCCAUGAUUCAUCCCCGAUUGUAAGGUUUCUGUCGUCAUUUACCCAUGAAGAAAAAAAAAUCGUUUUUUCUCUCUUUAAGAUUGUACAGCCUGGUUCUCUUUCUCUCUCUUAUUCUGCUAUCAUGCUGGUGAUUCUCAGUGAUGGAUUUUUACGUUCUCUAACUUUGCACGUAUUCCCUUGAUUUUGUCUAGUCAUGUAGAUUUUCUCUCAUUUUUUUUCUCUCUCAUCGUCAAAUUCAACGCCGACUGAUUCACGUCAUUGCAGCCUCUCUCUGUCUCUGUCUCUGUCUCUCUCUCUUUCUUCUCCCUCCUCUGUGUGUUGGAUUCACUUGCCCAUCAAAGGAAAGAAUCCUAUUAUGUUCUUCGUGCUCUACUUCUCUCUCUAUCUAUCUAAGAGGUCAACGCCGGCUAACUUUAUGAUGCUGCAGCGUGUGCAUCGGCAUUCCCCAGGUACGCCGCUGACUACGGCCUCAUCGCCGCGAACGGAAGCUUCGCCAUCACCGCCGGCCACUGCGUCCAGUGCAGCUGCGGCCCCGCCGACCUCCAGUAAACCACCCCCUCCCUCUUCCUUCCUUCUUCCUCAGCCUAAACCCUAACCACCCUAACGCUAAUUCUCUCUCUCUCUGUGCGCAGACUGUACUGCGCACCGGCGGCGCUUGCGGUCUCCUGCGCGAGCAUGCAGUGCGCCAACAGCGACCUAAUGCUCGGGAGCUCGACGGCGCGGCCUGCCGGGGGCGGCUGCAGCGUCACCUCCUGCUCUUACGGAGGCUUCGUCAACGGCUCCAUCGCCACUGUGUGAGUCUCUCCCUCUCUCUCUCUCUCUCUCUCUCUCUCUCUCUCUCUCUCUCUCUCUCUUCAUCUACUCUGAUUAUUCUUCCUUCUUCAGGUUGUCGACGUCCCUCCAGCCCAAAUGCCCUGGUAGAUCCUUCCUCUUCUUCUUUUUCUCCUUUUUAGGAUUUUGACUGAGACAUCAUCUCUGCGCAGGGCCGCGGGAGCUCCCCGCUUUGAGUCUCCCCCCGGCGACGCUGGCUCGUCGGCCGUCCCUAUCGCCGUCGCCGGCGCCGGCGGCGGCGGGGGCGGUGCCGGCCGGCGGGGGCUUUCCGGGGCUGUCGCCGGCGGAGGGUCCCGCAGGGAGCUUCGCCGGAAACGGCGCUGGUGCCGUCACCGGCGGUUGGCGCUGGUUCGCCGGCGUGGUGCUGCUCCGCCUUGUCCUCGAACUUCUUCUGCCCUAG